AUGGCUUAUAUAAAGCAAUAUGGAAGCGUAAUACUUCACAGGAGAGAUGCCUGGGGAGGUGAUACAUGGGCUUCUGGUGGAGCCAGAUGGGCGUUUUUUGCUAUCUUCAUUGUACUUAUUCUAAUAGUCAUUUUUGGAACCUUGCGAGUGAACAAGAAAAGAUCACGGCAGGGUGUUCAACCUCUCUAUGGAACAAGAUGGAUGACUCCUCCGUCGUACAGACAGUCCCAAACCCAGUAUGAUCAACCAGAUAACGUUAGAGAUCCAGAUCUUCCUAGUGCUUACGUUCCAACCUAUACUGCUGAAGCCAAUGAAUACGAUAUGGGAUACUACGACCAGUCAGGUAAAUUCCAUGCGAAUCCAAACGCCAAGGCUGCUCUGAUGGCACCUCCCCCAAGUGCUCAUCAAAGGCAGACUUCAGUGCAUGGAGAUGCUAUUCCAAUCAGCUCUACAGUACCGGCUGGAGUGUUGACCGAUGAGGAUGCCGAUAUUUCCAGACCAACUGGACCUCCUCCA